UCCCCGGGGCCGGGCCCGGCGGCUCCCCCUCCGCCAGGGGCAUCCCCCCCUCCGGUUGUGUCCCCGCGGGGGGAGCGGGGCCCUGCGGCUGCUGGGGGUUGUAGUGCCGGGGCCCGCGGGCGCCGCUGCCCCGGCCGGGCCGGGACUACCGCGCCCACACGGCCUUGCGGCCGGCGCAUGGGCUCUGGGGCGCUGUAGCGCAUCUAUUAUACUGCCUGGCGAGGAUAAAAAGAAGAGCAACUGGAGGGACUGUUCGGCAAACGUUGCUGGAGCUGCCGGGGCAAAGCUGUAUGGUUGGACCCUGGCAAUGGGAUGUCAGUCCCAUGCAGGGAGCAUAAAGGAAGAAGGAAGGUUUCCCGGUUGCUGCGGCUGUGACAGCGCGUGAGGACCAGCGCAGGAAGAUGUCUGUGGUGACGGCAGCGGUCCCGGCUCCGCAGGGCCCUGUCAACCCACCGCCUCCCGAGGUCACUAACCCCAACAAGCCCGGCAGGAAGACCAACCAGCUGCAAUAUAUGCAAAAUGUGGUGGUGAAGACCUUGUGGAAGCAUCAGUUUGCUUGGCCUUUCUACCAACCUGUUGAUGCAAUUAAACUGAAUUUGCCGGAUUAUCACAAGAUCAUAAAAAACCCCAUGGACAUGGGGACGAUCAAGAAGCGCCUGGAACACAACUACUACUGGAGUGCCAGUGAAUGUAUGCAGGAUUUCAACACCAUGUUUACAAACUGUUACAUUUACAACAAGCCCACAGAUGACAUCGUCCUCAUGGCCCAAGCCCUGGAGAAGAUCUUCCUGCAGAAAGUUGCUCAGAUGCCUCAGGAGGAGGUUGAGUUGUUACCCCCAGUCCCUAAAGGCAAAGGUCGCAAGCCAUCAGCGGGCACACAGGGUGCAGGAGCUCCGCAAGCCGUGGCCAUGUCCUCCGUGUCCCCGCCGGCCCCGUUCCAGAACGUUCCUCCAGCUGCAUCUCAGAUGCCCGUCAUUGCUGCCACCCCCGUGCCAACCAUCACCGCUAACGUCCCGCCUGUCACUGCCCCUCCUGCCGCUGCCCCCCCUCCGCCUGCUGCUCCGAUAAUGCCCGUGGUGCCCCCGACGCCACCGGUGGUCAAGAAGAAGGGCGUGAAGCGGAAAGCAGACACCACCACCCCCACCACCUCGGCCAUCACUGCCAGCCGCAGCGAGUCACCCACAGCCCUUGCUGACCCCAAGCAGGCCAAGAUCAUCGCGCGCCGGGAGAGCGGCGGCCGCCCCAUCAAGCCACCAAAGAAGGACCUUGAGGAUGGGGAAGUGCCCCAGCACGCUGGGAAGAAGGGCAAACUCUCUGAGCACCUCAAGUACUGUGACAGCAUCCUCAAGGAGAUGCUCUCAAAGAAGCACGCAGCCUACGCAUGGCCCUUUUACAAGCCUGUCGAUGCGGAGGCCUUGGAGUUACAUGACUAUCAUGAUAUUAUCAAACACCCCAUGGAUCUCAGUACUGUUAAAAAAAAGAUGGACAGUCGGGAAUACCAGGAUGCACAAGGGUUUGCAGCAGACAUUCGGUUAAUGUUCUCUAAUUGUUACAAGUACAACCCUCCAGACCACGAGGUGGUAGCGAUGGCCAGGAAGCUCCAGGACGUCUUUGAGAUGCGGUUCGCAAAGAUGCCCGAUGAGCCUGCGGAGGCUCCCCCCCCACCUCCCCCAGCAGCACCAGUGGUGAGCAAGAGCACAGAGAGCAGCCACAGCAGCGAGGAGAGCUCUUCGGACUCGGACAGCUCAGACUCGGAGGAGGAGCGAGCGACGCGGCUGGCGGAGCUGCAGGAGCAGCUGAAGGCCGUCCAUGAGCAGCUGGCUGCAUUGUCACAGGCACCAGUGAACAAACCAAAGAAAAAGAAAGAGAAGAAGGAGAAAGAGAAGAAAAAGAAAGAUAAAGAGAAGGAAAAAGAAAAGCACAAAGUGAAAGCUGAGGAGGAGAAGAAACCCAAGGUGGCUCAGCCACCAAAGCAAGCCCCACAGAAGAAGGCCCCAGCUAAGAAAGCAAACAGCACAACCAUGGCUGGCAGGCAGCCCAAGAAAGGAGGCAAACAGGCAUCUGCAACCUACGAUUCAGAUGAGGAGGAGGAAGGUCUGCCCAUGACCUAUGAUGAGAAACGACAGCUCAGCCUGGACAUCAACCGUCUGCCUGGAGAGAAGCUGGGCAGAGUGGUGCACAUCAUCCAGUCCCGGGAGCCUUCCCUCAGAGACUCCAAUCCUGAUGAGAUAGAAAUAGAUUUUGAGACAUUGAAGCCCACGACUCUCCGGGAGCUGGAGCGAUAUGUGAAGUCUUGUUUACAGAAAAAACAGAGGAAACCAUUUUCUGCAGGUGGCAAAAAGCAAGCAGCAAAGUCAAAGGAAGAGUUAGCUCAGGAAAAGAAGAAAGAACUAGAAAAACGGUUACAGGAUGUCAGUGGGCAGCUAAACAACAACAAGAAGCCUGCAAAGAAAGAGAAAUCCGGCUCAGCUCCCUUGGGGGGCCCUUCCCGGCUCAGCAGCAGCAGCUCCUCCGAGUCUGGGAGCAGCAGCUCCAGCGGCUCCAGCUCAGACAGCAGCGAUUCGGAAUGAGUCAUGGACACUUACCACCCAGCACCCGAACCGGACAUCCCCUUCACCGAUGCUCUGCAGUGCUCUUCCCCUGAUGCACUGCUCUUGCUCCACGGUGUCAGGUUUUUUUUGUCCCCUGUCAUUCUCUGACUUUAUUUUUUAAUUCAGUGUUAUAAAAGGAAUCUUCCAUUUUUUGGGGGCACUCUUAAUAGGUCAAAGAUCCUUGUGUGUGUGUGUGUGUGUGUGUGUGUGUGACCAGACUUCAUGACAAAUAGUUCCCUUUGCAUAAAGUCUAUGAUGCGUUUUAACUGAGGAAGGUUGGUUGAAGUGAACCCUGAACUUUCAGCAGGAGAAGACUAGGAAGUUGUGUGAGGCUUGCAGCCCCCUCCUGCCCCUGCCUUCUCCCUACAAUGUUCUCUCUUCAGGAGCUGCUGGGCUCAUACAAGGGAAAAACAGAAGCUCUUUUCCUAAAGAGAUCUCUGUACAAUGGUACUGUAUCUGGGAGACGUUAGCUUUUCAGCUAGGUGAUGUAUUUGUUACUUAGCACUAGUAUUCUUAAUCUCGCAGUCUCCAGUGUGAUGAGAAUGUCAGAUUCUAUCAUCUUUUUACAUAAAAAGAAACAAAAAAGUCAUGUACUCUGGGUUGCUGACAUGCGUUUGGGGUUUCUUAAUCAUGGUAGAGGCAUAGGCACCUCUUCAGGAAGGUAUUUAAGCAUGAACUGUAAGCACAUGAGCAAUACAAGUAGCUGCAUUUUUUUUGUUCUUCCACUUGAGGUUUCCUUUCCUCGGGGGUGUGUUGGGAAGGUGGGAGCAAGGGAUGCUCCGGGUUCUUGGAAGUGUUAUUUUCCACAUGCAAUAGAUGAUUUCCAGGGAACGGGCACCCUCGAGGAAAGGUUUCAGUUAAUUGAAACCAGCUUCUGGCUGGAAGUGUUCAGCUGGACCUCGGGUGAUUCCUGCAGUGAGCACAGAGUCAUGUGCUUGUUACCAGACACAGGCUCAAGGGUUUUCUCCAUGACGGGCACCUCAGUCUGUGCUUAAAAUAAAGGAGCACUUGAGCCCCAGCUGAGGCUGAGCUGGCAGGGAACUGGAGAAGGACACUGCGUGUGCUGGGGCUUGGGGGCUUUGCUCCUCUCCUUGGUUCAGCAGUGAGCUCCGGGGAGGGAGUGCUGUGUGUGUUGUGCAGGGCGCAGGGGUCGGGCACUGGAAUGCUUACCUCAAGAAUAGAGGGGAGGAAGGAAAGAAGAAGAGAUACCAACAACGUUUUGAGUCUGGCCGGGUGUUCUGGCCCGCACUGCUGCAGCACAGCCCCUUUCCACUGCCCCUCAUUUCAUGUAUAUACAAGUCUUUUAUUUAUUAAACCUCUGGUUGUUUAAAAGGAAAUAAAUAACAAACACAAAGCUGCAUCCUGUAAGCAGCAGAAGGGCAAAUAUCGGAAGUGAUUGGAACCAGGUUUAAAACCAAGCAACCAGCAAUAAAGCACAGAAACAUCUGAGGCUUCAUGUAAAUACAUGGCACUUGAUACUCACAGGUGCUGUGGGCCAGCCUGUGUCUGGUGCUGUCAUGUUUGUGUUUGGGUUUUGAUUUGUUCAAUCUCUUCUUUCUCUUUUUACCCCUUUUUUGCUGUUUUGUACAGAUUUUGGAGCCAUACAGGUAGAUGCAGUUUGUUGAUAGAGUGCUGUUGUUUUCUCAUUAAUGUUCCAGGAAUCUUUUCCUUGCUCUUGUUUUAAUUUCUGUUUGUAGACCAUGGGUUUUUUCUCCUGUAGUCCAGCCUUAGGAAAGCACCACUCCUAUAACUGUAAUAAUUUGUAAUCUGAGGGGCAGGAACUUCCUACAAAUUCUGGACCUUUUAUUGUAAAGAGAAGUGUACAGAGUUUAACAGCAUUAUGCCUUUUCCCAGCCCCAGCCCCAGCGCUGCCUCUCUGCUGUUGGGGUCACAGCCUGUGGCUUGCCAGAGGCCCUGGGGUGCAGAUUGCAUCAGCUUGUAUUUUUCACAUCGGCGAGUGGCCCUGGAAGCCCCCCAACCCCAGCCCAGGCUCCCCAGUGCACCCACAACCCAGAGAUGCUGUGCUGGGAUGUGUGGUGUCCGGGCCAUGGCCCUUUGCUGGGAAGCGCAGGACCAGACUGUUACUAACCCUGCAUGGUUUGCACUUCUAACAGCAUCUGUAUCAGCUGCCGGUCACUUACUGCCCAUCAGCUGAGGUUUCAUCAGCUGGACACUGCAGUGUCUUUACCAGUGUCUGUCAGGUCAGUGUUCCAGGGUGCUCAGUGUGUGUCUGGCACAGCUGAUGUGCCUCUGUCUGUGUCUGAUCCAUGUCCUGGCAAUAACACGUUUGCUGUAGAAAGAGUCCCUGUGUUUUGGCUGGGGCUGAGCAAGAAGCUGUGUUGCUGUGAGGUACUGAGCUCCUCCUGGGAGUCUCUGGGCACCUUUGGCUUGUUUUGCAGUGUCCAGGGUGCUUGGCUUGGUAGCAGGAGGCUCUCGAGUCUUUGCAGAUGAUUUCCCAUAGCAUUUGGAUUUGGAUGAAGUGGGGAAUUCUGAUUCUUACUGAAAUGAAUGUUUUUUCUUUGCUAUAACAAUGGAGUUAUUUAGUUCCUGUAUUUUAAAUUCUGCCCUCAAAAAAUCUUCCCCUCACCAGAUCCUUAGUAAUACAUUUUCAGGAUUUCCUCCGAGGAAAUGUGCUAUCCACCUAAUGAAGAGCUUGGGGGGUUAAUGGGUUGGCUUUCAUCUGUCUUUCUCCUAUUGUCUGAGACUUGCAUUAGCAAAACCAACUAGUGUUUUAAUUAAGGUAAUUGCAGCCACUUCAGUACCUUGGCAAUUGGAUACACAAGCUCUCAGCUUUCCCUGCUUGAAACCUGUCCUUGAGCACAGUGCCUGGAGCCAUGCUGCUGCUGUGCUGUGGUGGUCACUGCUGUGGGGAGAACAAAGCCCAGGCAGUGCCGUAGGCAGCACCAGCUGCCAUCACCAGCAUCACCACCACCAUGCAAAGCCCAGGGAGUGGCUCUGCAGAGUGCCACCAUCGCUGCUCCAGACUGACUGCACCAGGGACACAACUUCCUCUGUCCCACUGCAAUCCAUGGGAAGGUUGGAGCCGAAGGGUUGGGAACCAAGCACAAAGUGAUGGCAAGGGCCCCGCAGCGCUGCAGGAGGAUCCCAUUGCACUUGGCAAACCUGUCCUAGCUUGGAGCUUUGCACAGAGAACAAGCAAUGAGAGCCACUGAGGAGGGUGAAGAACAACCUGCGCAUCUCAUAGACCCGCUGCAGCUUGAGCUUCCAGUUAGUGGGAAACUGCGUGUUUUCAUGGCAAGUAAGGUGUUCCCUACGGAACAGCAAUUCACAGGAGGAAUCCCUGUUGCCAUGACCUUCAUUUCAGGAAAGAAGUUGGUGACUCCCCAUUUCCAGAUGUUGUUCUUACACUCUUUAUUUUCGUGUUGUUUGUAGUGCUGGUUCUCUCCUGCCAUGUCAGUAGUGGUGCCCCUUGUACCUGCAGAGCAGAGUGUCUCCAGGAAAGAAGAGCUGUUUUCAGUCCAUAGUAAGUAGCAGCUGCCCUUAAUGAGUUGGAAAUGAAACCAUAGAGCAUUUCUUUAACUGAGUUUGUGUUGCAUGACCUGGCAGUGCAGGUGUCAUGAGGACUUUAAACGAUCAAACAUGAAAUGUUUGAAAAUAACAGGGUUUUUUUUAAACUUAAUAAAGAAAAUUGAAUUUUUUAUGGCAGAAUUUUGCUUGAAGGAGCAAAGUUUCACUUUGUUUUCCAGGGGAAGCUCCACUGAAAUCAGUCUGAUUUCAGGUAUAUGCAUACACACAAGUAGUUCUAUUGAAACUGCUUUAUCUGAGAAACUCCUGUUCUGACCAGACCUGUUAGGAACCAGCAUCCCUGCACCUUGAAGGCUCUGUAGACUCCAUCUGAUCAUAAGCUCAGCCUGUUUCUCGCUGCUCAGCUGUGGGCUACAGAGGGCAGUGGGAGCUACUCAAGGGAUCUGUUGGGUACAGCAGCUUCCUGCGAACCAGAUGUCUACAAAAGCAUUUCCUUUUGUAUCAAUGUGAUUUUAAACUUUCCUACCGACAGGGUUUGUAACUGUGGAGCCGACACUUGAGGACUGUGUAACCUGUGUGUGUGAUAGUGCACGCAUACCCGAGCGAGUCUGCGUGUACGUGUGCACAUUAGUUCCCCUGUGAGGUCUCUUUCCAUGUUCUCCAUGUGGUAGAAGCAGACUGCAGCCACCUAACCUAGCUCUUUCUGUUUUGGGGACUUUCGGACCAGUUUUUAGGUUUUUCCUUGUUUUGAAAGGAAUGAUGUUUUUUACAGUUGGGGUUGGAGCCGGGGAAGGGAUCGGGCAUGACACAAACCCCACAACUUCUGUUGUAAUCCUGGGUUUUAAAGAGACCUGCUCUGACACGGAGCGGUUCCCUGGGCUGACUGGGCAGGCUCUGUGCUGCUGGGGGUGGAUUCAUCCCAUUGCAGCAUCCUCUUGCUUGUGAGCAACCAGAUGCUUUUUUAACAACUGGUAUUUGCAGCUCUUUGUAACUCGUUUUUAGAACUAACCAAACCACCAGCACAGGAUUUGGCACAGCCACUGGGAACUGCCCUGAUCCUGACAGAACCAACGCGGACACAUCUGUUGGUGUAUUUUUGGGGUUUUGUUUUUUUAAUAUUUAAAAGAAUGUUACUUUUCUGUAUGAUGUGCAUGCGAGUUUACCGUAACUCUUUUUCUUAAGCCUUUUUAGUGCCAUUUCUAGUAUAUUCCUGUAAAUGUCAGUUACUGAGGAGAAAUGAGUCAAUGUAAGUAGUUUUAGCUUGUUCAUUGCAAAUUGCUGGCCUCAAACACGACAGAACUUAAAAGGAAGAGUUAGAAAGUAAUCUGUGAUGUUCCUGGUGAUCACGGACCCUGGUCCUGGGCAUUCCGUUUCUUUUCAUAAUAAAAAGAGAAAUUGUUUUG